AUGCCUCCUUCCGGGAUCCAGACUCCUCAUAAAGACGAUAUUGAAGAAACAUGGGCGUAUCUUGAAAAAGGCGUCGAGCGGGUCAUGACCCAGUUAGAGGGGGGAAUUGAUAUGCUUACCUAUAUGGGUGUUUACACUGCCGUCCACGACUUCUGUACCUCACAAAAAGCUAUUUCAUCACCUGGCAGCCCAGCUUCCCAUGGUAGUCAUCGCGGAGCGCACCUUCUUGGGGAGGAGCUAUAUAAUCUCCUGGGCAUAUAUCUAUCCCGCCAUCUCAAUGAUGUCUAUGAAACCUCCCUAAACCAUUCAGACGAAGCUUUGUUGGCCUUUUACAUCCGAGAGUGGACUCGUUACACCACUGCAGCGCAGUAUAUCAACCAUCUUUUCAAAUAUCUUAACCGCCAUUGGGUCAAAAGAGAAGUCGAUGAGGGGAAGAAAGAUAUUUACGACGUUUACACCCUUCAUCUAGUAAAAUGGAAAGAAGAUUUCUUCAAGAAAGUGCAAAAGAGCGUAAUGGAUGCCGUGCUGAAACUUGUCGAGAAACAACGGAAUGGUGAAACGAUUGAACAGUCCCAGAUUAAAAACAUCGUCGACUCAUUCGUCUCGCUUGGACUCGACGAGAACGACAGUACCAAAUCUACCCUCGUGGUAUACCAGUUCUAUUUUGAAAAGCCUUUCAUAGAGGCUACCAAAGUCUACUACGAAAACGAAUCGAAACGAUUCGUAGCUGAAAACAGCGUGGUGGAGUAUAUGAAAAAAGCAGAGUCUCGCAUCGAUGAAGAACGAGCCCGAAUUGACCUCUAUCUUCACCCCGACAUUACCAAAAAUUUAACCGAAACAUGCUUGGAAGUCCUGGUGGCUUCACAUUCACCGCUGCUGCGGGAUGAAUUCCAAGCUCUCCUGGAUACCGAACGUCAAGAAGAUCUUGCCCGGAUGUACCGAUUACUUUCCCGAAUUAAGGACGGUUUGGACCCUCUACGUAACAAGUUUGAGACGCACGUUCGGAAAGCUGGGCUUGCGGCCGUUGAAAAGGUAGUGCCAAAUGGCGAUGCGGUCGAACCCAAGGUCUACAUUGAUGCCCUGUUACAAGUUCAUACCAAAUACCAAGCUAUGGUGGUUAUGGCCUUUGCGGGAGAAUCGGAGUUUGUCCGUUCGUUGGAUAAUGCCUGUCGGGAAUUUGUCAACCGCAACGCACUUUGCAACACAAGCUCAACGAAAUCUCCUGAACUGCUUGCCCGGUACACAGAUUCCCUUCUGAAGAAGGGAGUUAAAUCUCCGGAAGAAUCGGAAUUGGAAGAGAUGCUCGUCCAGAUCAUGACGGUCUUCAAGUAUAUUGAAGACAAGGACGUUUUCCAGAAGUUCUAUUCCAGAAUGCUGGCCAAACGGCUCGUUCAUGUCAGCUCGGUUUCAGAUGAUGCGGAAACCAGCAUGAUUAGCAAACUGAAGGAAGCUUGUGGCUUCGAAUAUACUAAUAAACUCCAACGAAUGUUCCAGGACAUCCAAAUAUCCAAGGAUCUCAACGCGAGCUACCGUGAUUGGCAAGAGAAAGUCCUGGAUGAUGAAGACAGGAAAAAGUUAUUGGACCCUCAUUUCCAGAUCCUCGGAACAGGAUUCUGGCCCCUAACCCCGCCAACAACGCAAUUCAUCCCCCCUCAAGAAAUCGUCAAGACGACAGAGCGUUUCAAGAACUUCUACUUCGACAAACACAGCGGUCGCAAACUUACAUGGUUAUGGAAUCUAUGCAAGGGCGAAAUCCGCGCAAACUACAUCAAAAACACGAAAGUGCCAUACACAUUCCAAGUAUCUACAUACCAGAUGGGAAUUCUCCUCCUCUUUAACGAAAGUGACACGUUAAGCUUCUCCGACAUUGAAAAGGGAACAGCCCUCGCCCCGGAAGUUCUCGAACCCAACCUUGGCAUCCUUGUCAAGGCUAAGGUCGUCAUCCCUUCUCCAGAGGAUGGCAAACCGUGUCCGGGGACGUCAUAUGCGUUAAACUACAAUUUCAAGGCGAAGAAGAUUAAAAUCAAUCUAAACAUUUCCGUCAAAUCAGAGCAGAAACAUGAAACGGAUGAUACACAUAAGACAAUUGAUGAGGAUAGGAAACUUUUACUCCAGUCUGCCAUCGUCCGGAUCAUGAAAUCGCGAAAGAAGUUGAAACAUGUCCAACUCGUGCAAGAAGUUAUUCAGCAGGUGAAAGCCCGCUUCCCACCCAAGGUACCGGAUAUCAAAAAGAAUAUUGAAGCCCUGAUGGAGAAGGAGUAUAUUGAGCGGCUGGAUGGUGAUGAUUUGGCAUAUAUUGCUUAAAGACCUACAGUUCCUUCUCUUAUAUUGUUCUAUUUUUUUUCCUUCUUCCAUUUUUUUUUCAUCGUAGCCAACGAAUAGCAACAACAAAUGAAGAGAGGAAAGGAAGAGAGAGGACAUGGGGAGUAAAAGAUAGAAAUAAACAAAAUUAUAUCCGUCUGCCAGGUAUAGCGGUGGUGGGAUAUGUAUUUGGGAAGCAGCAGAUGGAAUCACGUCGACAACGCCAUACAGAGGAAGCGAGGUUAGAGAAGAGGAGGAAAGAAAGCAUGUAAAAUCAUGAUGAAUUGCAGACAAAAGCGAAGAUGAAAGAC